UCCGCGGAGAGGCUUACGUGAGAGCGAAGGUCACGAGACAAACAUGUGACGUUGAUCCGGCAAAAUCUUGUGCGUGUGAAUCCCUUAGAAAAUUAUUUCUCGUCCAAGCACCGAUACGAUCAGGCGUAAAAAGAAAGACACAAGUUGUUUAGCAACUUGUUGCUAGAAAUCUGCUAUGAGUGCGUCGAAGAAAGCUCGAAUGGAGGAGAAUGGUUUCGGAAAUAAUGAAAAUGUCGUUGUUGUUAGCGAUAGAAAUACUCAACGCUCAGAUAAUGGAGACGAGAGUGGCUCUACGGUAUGGAAUGACCUAACUUCUGAGGAAAUCAUGGCAGCUCGAAAAAGACAUAUAGGAAAAUCAUGCAAGGUGCAUUUUCCACAAAAUCCAAUAAAGCUUGCCUAUAGCAAAGGGCAGUAUUUCUAUGAUGACAAAGGAAGGCAGUUGCUGGAUUGUAUGAACAAUGUCACUCAUGUUGGCCAUUGUCAUCCACAUGUUGUUAAGGCAUGUAGCGACCAGAUGGCUGUCCUAAACACCAAUAGCAGAUUUCUAUACAGCAACAUGGUUCAGUACACAAGAAGACUGCUGGCAAAAUUCCCCCCUUCACUAUCAGUUUGCUAUUAUGUCUGUUCAGGUUCUGAGGCAAAUGAUCUUGCUUUAAGACUAGCAAGGACGCAUACAAAGCAACAUGAUAUGGUCAUUCUUGACAGGGCGUAUCAUGGGCACACCUCUGCUCUGAUUGAUAUCAGCCCAUAUAAAUUCAAUGCACCUGGUGGUGAGGGUAAAAAAGACUUUAUCCAUGUCGCACCAUGUCCUGAUCCAUAUAGGGGCAGGCAUAAGGGCUAUGGUCCAGAGACGGGAAUAAAGUAUGCAAAUGAGGUCAAACAACUUAUUGAGGAGGUCGAGAAGGAUGGUCGGAAGAUUGCAGGUUUUAUUUGUGAAUCCAUGCAAGGUUGUGGAGGACAGAUAGUGUAUCCCCAGAACUUUAUGAAGGAAGCAUUCAAGCAUGUGCGAGCUGCAGGUGGCGUGUGUAUCGCUGAUGAGGUGCAAGUUGGGUUUGGCCGUGUUGGGAAUCAUUUUUGGGCAUUUGAGACACAAGAUGUGGUUCCAGAUAUUGUGACACUCGGCAAACCUAUUGGUAAUGGCCAUCCAUUAGCAUGUGUUGUCACCACACCAGAGAUCUCAGAGAGUUUUGCUGCAACUGGAAUGGCCUACUUUAACACUUAUGGUGGUAACCCUGUAUCAUGUGCAGUUGGCAACGCCGUCUUAGAUGUUAUAGAAGAAGAGGGUCUUCAACAGCAUGCACUCGAAGUGGGAACUCAGCUUAUAGACAAGCUGAAAGGGUUACAGCAGAAACAUCCCCUCAUAGGAGAUGUCAGGGGGAUGGGGCUAUUUGUUGGUGUGGAACUAGUGAAAGAUCAGGAUACAUUAGAACCUGCUACCUCUGAAGCUUCACACGUUGUAUACCAAGCAAAAGAGAAUCAUAUACUCAUCAGCGCAGAUGGAAUCCAUUCAAAUGUACUGAAAAUCAAACCUCCAAUGUGCUUCUCACAUAUUGAUGCUGACAAUUUGGUUAAUACCCUAGAUAUAAUAUUGACAGAAAUGGAGGAAGGGACAAAGGAAUUUAGCUGAUAAACGUUCAUCCUCUCUGUUCUGGAUAAAUUCCAGUUAUUUUUAAUUGUUCUUAUAGCAGGCUUAUAUAUAUGGCUGCAGCAAAUAUCUUUUGUUCAAAGAACAAUGUGCAAUCAAGCUUUCCAAAAAAACCCAAGCAACCAAGCAAACAUUUUGUGAAAAAAGAGAUAAGAUAGAGAUAAGAUUUUACCAUAAAUAAAAAAUAGUCUAGAUUUA